AUGAAGGAUCAUGAGCUGGAUGGCGAAACGAAAUACUAUGAACCUGCCAAAUCGAAUCGAACUCGAAAUCCCGUGAAAGGCAUGGGCCGACUGAACAUUAGUAUUGACACUGGCAUAAAUUCGUCGGGCACAUCUGGUGUAAAGCUUGAACCCAUUUCCACAGUGUCAAGACAUGAUUCGACGGAUAAGCUAGGCUGUGACUCUUAUCAAUCGAAUUCAGCUCAAACGUGGCAUCACUCGGAGCGUGACGAUCUACCGCCUCUGGCACAAGCACAAUAUGACAAUGAGCCGAGCUCAGCAGCAUCCUCGAGAGAGGAUGCGACAUAUCAGACCAAUGGCAUGGCAAAUGCACCGUGGCAUAAUUACUCCCCUAACAUGCCCAUUGCGUACAGUUACUUGAAAACAGACGACAUAUUGCAGGGAAAGCUUUCCGGGCAGCUUGUUGAACAAGUUUUAUCGUCGCAAUAUAUUUCAUCUGCAUCGGAUGACGGCUCGGACCUUAUUAGUACUUGGUCCAGCUCGCAUGAGGGUCCAACGAAACCACGCGCUACGGCAUUCGGUUCACAACGAAGCGAUAAACCCAUACCCAAGACGGAGUAUACUGCUUUGCAGCGCACGAACCAUUCUACCGGCAACUAUUCGUUUCCUCAGCCGUCUCAUGACUUGCAGAGUAACUCGGAAGCGCCUAAGCAAGGCAUUUUUCCCACUCUGUCUGACCGAGCAGAUCAGGGUGAGACUUAUGUGACCCGGCCUCCCUUGAAGUCUUCAGGAUCAGCCGGCAGUGCCUCUUUUUUUUCUGAUUUUGCGUCAGGCUCGCAUAACAACCAGUUCGGACCGGGUGUUAGGGCCAAGAUAAGCACGGUGUUGCCCAGUCUGAUCGAAACGAUUCCCAUUAGCUCAUACGCGACCAUUUUCCUGACAGAGUACGGCUGCAUGCAUUCGCGAGCAGUGCAUAUGUUUAAAGGUAUGAUUGAAUGCUUCGUGGCACGUGUCAGAGAAAAAUUGGAAAAGGAUCCCUCCUUCCAUGAAAACCAGCGUCUUGAAGCUAGGCGGGCCUCUAGAACAGGAUAUGCGGAAGAAACGGCAGACUGGGUCAGUUUUGUGAUAAUCCAUGAAGAUUCAGAGCAGUCUGAUUUGCGCUCGUUUCAGCAUAUGCUGGACUCUCACCCAGAGUCCUACUUGGAUCCGUUGUGGCAAUCGUCACGAAAUCCUUCGCUGCAAAAUGCAAUUUUUUCCAUGUCAGUAAUGCGCCCUUUUGGCUCACGUAUCGUGCCACCGGAUACGCUGCAUCUUGGAUUCAGUUUGAUGGAUUUGCACUGGACACACGCGCCCACAAAUAAUGUCUCGAUUGCUUCAAUGGCGCAUGCAGAGCUCACUAUGAGCUUGAGCGCUCGCGCGAAAGAGUUUCGACGUGGUGGUAUCUAUGUCAUGGCGUAUAUUGCAAGAUCUGAGUCAGUCGCUGCGGAAGAAGCAUCUGGACAGAGUGCCGUCGCGGCCUCUCAUACCAGGCGUUCGUUAGAAUCGCCAGCGGCCAUGUCUGGAAAAGAUGCUUCUCGACUUGCAGCAGCGGAUACAGCUAGUGUCGAACCGAGACCUAAAAAUAUUUGGAACACGAUGUCAGAUAUGAUUGUGCCAUGUCUUCAGCGCUUGGUGUCAUGUGGUAUGAUGAAAGUGGACGUGGCGCGACACAUGUUGACGCUGCCAAUGUACCCACGCACUAAGAAGCAGACACUGCGCGUUCUGGAAAAAUUCACGGAUGUCUGGUCUUUGGACUGGAGCUGCGGAUUGGGCAAAAGCGACUUGAAGGAAAUUGUCACGGAUUCGGGAAAGGUCGUGACUCUGCAAAGUGAGCCUAAUCCAUUACAUUUGCCUCAACCAGCUUGGCUUGCAUUAAAGGCGGGAAAAAUUACACGAGAAUCGUAUAAUGAUCACGUCCUUCAGAUGUUUAAAAACGUGUACGAGGGCCAUUUCCGUAUGGUGCUUCAGGAACGGGGACAACUCAGUAAGGGUGCGACCGAAUUCAUCCUGGAUUCAUUAUGGGAUGUUUUGCGGUCGCGAAUGGAUGAGCCUGAAAACUGUCAAUUGGCUAAUUCUGAACUCGAAGUGCAGCUUAUGGCGCUUCGACGACUGUAA